AUGCACGAAACUGGUGGCUCCAAGAUUCGUCGUUUCUCGACCACCAAGCCACCCACCGAGCAAGAGAUCAACUCGGCCAUUCACCUGCAGUUCCGUCUUGCUCACGAAGGGCAUAAGCCGCAUGCUGGACUUGACCCAUCUCGAGCUUCCACCGGGGUUGUUUGGACCACCGAGCGAGCCUACGAAUAUGGAUUCGCAGAUGAGCCCGAGAACUGGGCCAACCUGGGCCAAGGAGCACCUGAAGUCGACGAUGACAUCCAAGGCUGUUUUCCAAGACCACAGACAGUCGACAUCUCGAUGACUGGUCGUGAAUAUGGUCCAACUGCGGGAAUCAAGUCGCUUAGGGCAGCAGUUGCCAACUUGUACAACGAACAUCACCGUCAAGGCAAGGACAGCAAGUACACCUGGGAGAAUGUCUGCAUCGUGCCAGGUGGCAGAGCUGGCCUCAUCCGUAUUGCGGCCAUCUUAGGCAAUGCUUACUUGGGCUUCUUCAUUCCCGACUACACGGCAUACAAUGAGAUGUUGUCGCUCUUCAGGAACUUUGCUGUCAUUCCCAUUCCGCUGGACACGAACGAUGGCUAUCAGAUUCAUCCCGCGAAGAUCGAGGACGAGAUCAGCCGUGGCACGUCCGUCAUUUUGACAUCCAAUCCCCGCAAUCCUACUGGCAAAAUGGUUAGCGUUUUUGAGCUGCAAGAUAUCCAGGACUGUUGCCGUGAUCGCGCCACGCUCAUUAUGGACGAGUUCUAUAGUGGCUACAACUACACUACAGACUGCGACGGCACAGUGAUUAGUGCGGCAGACAACAUCGAAGACGUCGACGAGGACGGUGUUCUCAUCAUCGAUGGUCUGACCAAGCGUUUCCGCCUUCCUGGAUGGCGUGUGGCUUGGAUUCUGGGCCCAAAGGAAUUCGUUAAGGCCCUCGGCUCGUGUGGAAGCUACCUCGAUGGUGGCACCAACGUCCCCUUCCAAGAGGCUGCCGUUCCCAUGCUUGACCCAGCCAAUGUCCGCAAUGAGAUGAAAGCUUUGCAAUCUCACUUCAGAGACAAGCGCGAUUACGUCCUUGGCCGUCUGGAGAAGAUGGGCUUCAAGCUUGGCUACAAGCCUGACAGCACAUUCUACAUCUGGUUGAACUUGGAACAUCUCCCAUCUGGCAUCAACGAUGGAUUAAACUUCUUCCAGGCAUGUCUCAAAGAGAAGGUCAUUGUUGUGCCAGGAAUUUUCUUUGACCUCAACCCGGCCCGCAGACGCGAUCUCUUUGACUCUCCUUGUCACCAUUUCGUUCGGGUCUCUUAUGGCCCGACUCUGGACGUCCUUAAGAAGGGGCUGGAUGGCUUCGAGCGGGUUUUGAGGAAGUACAAGUGUCACCCUGAGAGUUCUUAA